UGUUGAAUGUCUGUUUAUUUUCUAAAGGAGAGGCAAUGAUUCAUAAUUUGUGACAUUAUGAAUCCUGAGAUUUAUAGAAAGGAUUCAUGAUCUUGUAAUGGAGGUUACUGAAAUGUAAACAAGAAUAGAGUGUUUCUGAUGGCUUUUAGUAUACACUGACUUAUUGUUUGUGAUGGCAUCCGAGACUGAGAAGACCCAUGCUUUACUCCAGACUUGUAGUGUUCAAUCUCUCAUUUCCAGCCUUGCUCUGGGGAUAUUUUGCCUCAUAGCUGAUAGACUUCUUCAGUUUUCCACAAUUCAGCAAAAUGCCUGGCUUCGUGCCCUCUCAGAUAAUGCAGUACAUUGUGUGAUAGGCAUGUGGUCUUGGGCAAUAGUCAUUGGAAUAAAGAAGAAAACUGACUUAGGAGAAAUCAUUUUAGCUGGAUUUUUAGCAUCUGUUAUUGAUAUAGAUCACUUUCUUCUAGCUGGAUCCCUGUCUUUAAAGGCUGCUUUGACUCUUCCACGAAGACCUUUUCUACACUGUUCAACUGUGAUACCCAUCGUGGUUCUGACCCUGAAAUUCACUAUGCACUUUUUCAAGCUCAAAGACUCAUGGUGCUUUCUUCCCUGGAUGUUAUUUAUAUCCUGGACUUCACACCAUAUCCGAGAUGGGAUUCGUCAUGGCUUGUGGAUAUGCCCAUUUGGAAAAACUUCUCCGUUGCCAUUCUGGCUUUAUGUAACAAUCACAGCAUCUUUACCUCAUAUCUGUUCAUUCAUUAUGUAUUUAACAGGGACCAGGCAAAUGAUGUCUUCAAAACAUGGAAUUCAUAUUGAUGUCUGAGGUAACCAUAUGGUAGUCUUAGAGAUGGCUAAGGGUAAUCAAUUAAAAUAAAUUUUAAAACACACAGAUA